GUAAAGAGAGUGCCGGAACAGUCAAGACAAUAACUUUUUGUCUGUUUCUCAUUGUUACUACAGGACCACUACAAUUAAGUCUGAGUCCGGUAACAUCAACAGUGAGGACAAACCCAGCCUGCCUCUCUCCUUCCACACUGAGUCCAAACCCACAGUCACUGGGUCCUGAUUGUGACAGUGGAGCCCAGUUUGCACUGCAGGAUCCAGAGAUGGCAUCAGUGAAGCUGGAAGACUGCAGUCAAACACUGGAGCUGAAUGUCAACAUUAAAGAUGAAGAAGAGGAGAAGAUUGGGAAAUCUUUUUCUCAUGGAGACCAUGUUGAGACAUUCUCUACAUCCAGAGAGGAACAGCAGGAAGCUCACAGAGCUAAGAGGUCUUACCCCUGCCCACAUUGUGAGGAGAUUUUCCCAUUUCUAUCAAAGCUAAAAGUACACCUAAAAAUACACACAGGAGAGAAUCGUUAUUCCUAUACUGACGGUGGGAAGAAUUUCACGACAUCCAAGGCUCUGACAGUUCAUCAGAGAGUGCACACAGGAGAGAAGCCUUACAUCUGCUCUGACUGUAAGGCGAGUUUCUCUCGACUGCGCAACUUAAAACGACAUGAACGUAUACACACAGGAGAGAAGCCUUACUCCUGCUCUGACUGUAAGGCGAGUUUCUCUCUACUGUGCAACUUAAAACGACAUGAACGUAUACACACAGGAGAGAAGCCUUACUCCUGCUCUGACUGUGGAAAGAGUUUCUCUCUACCGGGCCACUUAAAAAGACACCAACAUAUACAUACCGGAGAGAAGCCUUACUCCUGCUCUGACUGUGGAAAGAGUUUCUCUCGACUGGGCAACUUAAAAACACAUAAACAUGUACAUACAGGAGAGAAGCCUUACUCCUGCUCUGACUGUGUAAAAUGCUUCACAACAUCAACUGAGCUAAAAGUUCAUAAAAGAACACACACAGGAGAGAAGCCUUACUCCUGCUCUGACUGUGUAAAAUGCUUCACGACAUCAACUAGGCUAAAAGUUCAUCAGAGAACACACACAGGAGAGAAGCCUUACAUCUGCUCUGACUGUGCGGCGAGUUUCUCUGUACUGUGCCACUUAAAACGACAUGAAAGUAUACACACAGGAGAGAAGCCUUACUCCUGCUCUGACUGUCCGGCGAGUUUCUCUCUACUGUGCAACUUAAAACAACAUCAACGUUUACACACAGGAGAAAAGCCUUAUCACUGCACUGACUGUGAGAAGAGAUUCUACAGAUUGGGCCAUUUAAAAAGACACCAAUGUAUACAUAAAGGAGAGAAGUCUCAUCAGUUCUCUCAGACCAGCUAAUAUUAGACACCACUUAAUUCUUAUGUCAUUAAAUAAUUGGCAACGUUGAAUUCAAUCAAAUGAAGAAAGCGUAGAACACUCUUGUAAUCCUGUUGUUUCUCACUGUGAGAGAACUGUUCAGAGGGAAUGGAGCAUUAUAGAAUAUUAGCCUGUCUUUACUGAUCAGUGUACACCUUGACAGUUUUGGUGAGUUUUGUUAGCAUCUACUGUCAAGAUAUUGAGCUGACCUUGGAUUUGCCCUUAAGGUUGAAUAUCCUUUGUGAGGCUUCUCACAGUGGAGUCUGAUGGUUAACUGAGUGGUACUGCUUCACUCUGCAGUUUUCUGUGGGAUUGAGCUAGUAGACACAACAUGCACUGGGUGUACAAAACAUUAAGGACACCUGCUCUUUCCAUGACAGACUGACCAGGUGAACCCAGGUGGGCUAAGGAAUGAAAACACUGGACACUGAAAAAUUGGAAACAUACUGCCUGGUCUGAUGAAUCCCUGUUCCUGCUGUUUCAUGCUGAUGGGAGGAAAUGGUGGAAAAAGUACCUAACUGUCAUACUUGAGUAAAAGUAAUGAUACCUUAAUAUAAAAUGACUCAAGUGAAAGUGAGUCACCCAUCAAAAUACUACUUAAGUAAAAGUAUUUGGUUGUAAAUAUACUUAAGUAUCAAAAGUAAAAGUAUGAAUAAUUUCAAAUUCCUUCAAUUAAGCAAACCAGACGGCACAUUUGUCUUUAAAAAAUAUAUAUAGUACGGAUAGCCAGGGGCAGACUCCAACACUCAGACAUCAUUUACAAACGAAGCAUUUGUGUUUAGUGAGUCCGCCAGAUCAGAGGCAGUGGGGAUGACCAGGGAUGUUGUCUUUUAGUGUGUGAAUUGGACCAUUUCCUGUCCUGCUAGUCAUAAAAAAUGUCAAGGGUAUUUUGGGUGUCAGGGAAAAUGUAUGGAGUAAAAAGUACAUUAUUUUCUUUCGGAAUGUAGUGAAGUAAAAGUUGUCAACAAUAUAAAUAGUACGCCCAAAAAACUGCUCAAUUUGUUAUUUAAAGAAAUUAUUCUGAAAAAAGGGGUGAAAUUAAAAAAACAAAAAAUAUAUAAAUAGUAAAGUACAGAUACAACUAAAGUAGAUCUU